UCUCUAGCAGCUUUUUUGGCAGGAGUGACCAGAAUAAAAACAGUAACACCAGACAUAGAAGAGAAAAAAGAGCAAUGAUCCAACGAAACCAAAGGCUUUGCCCUUUUUAAUUACGUCGUGUCCAGUAUCAUUUCUUUCUCUCCUUCUUUUUUUUUGAGACAUUUUUGAAGUGGUAAUUAGCUCUUGGAGAAUAAAACCAGCUGAUUUGGGGAGGGCCGGUGCAUUUUGGGGCGAGAUGGCUUGCAGGAGGGUUGCGUUGUUUCUUCUCGGUUUCUUCCUCACCACACAGCCGAGUCCUUCGCUGCAGGGAGGGGUGUACGUACCACAGGGUGGGGUCGGAGGAGGAGGACCAGGUGCUGGAGUUUACCCAGGUGCUGGGAGCUCUUCAUUCAAACCGGCAAAAGCUGCAGGAGGAUAUGGAGGAGCGGCUGGGACUCUAGGCACUGGUGCUCAGACAGGAGGUUUUGGGGUUGGAGGUUUUGGAGCUGGAGCUGGUGGAAAACCUCCUAAAACAGGUGCCUAUGGGGCAUAUGGUGCAUAUGGAGGGGCUGGAAGAUUCUUUCCUGGAGCUGGAGGCCUGAAACCAGCUAAGCCAGGUUUUGGUCUACCUGGAGGAGGUCUACCUGGAGGAGGUGUGCCUGGAGGAGUUCUACCUGGAGUUGGUGCUGGUGGAAAACCCCCUAAAGGAGGGCCGGGUGCGGGGGGAACUGGUACUGGUCUUCCAGUCAUUCCUCAGACCGGUUUACCGGGAUUGGGCCCUGGUGGGGUUGGACCAGGGGGAAAACCAGCGAAGGCUGGAAAAGCUCCAGUGCCAGGUGUAGGAGUACCUGGACCAUAUCAGGGUGGACUUGUUCCUGGACAAGGAUUCAAUGGGCGGGGACUUCUUCCUGGUGUAGCCAUAGGAACCGGACUCAAGCCUAAAUCAGCUGCUGGUGGAGGGCAGGGUCUGGUGCAAGGUGGUGGAGGCCGUGGUCCACUGCAGCAAGGAGUCUUUCAUGGAUACCCUCUUAAAUCUCCCAAAGCCCCAGGUGCUGGGUCUCCUUACACAGGCGGCAAACUUCCAUUCGGUUAUGGUGGCUUUGGUGGAGGUGCUGGUGGAAAAGCUCCAUCAGGUUAUCCCACAGGGACUGGUGUGGGGUCUCUAGGAGUCUCUGCUGCCCAGGCCAAAGCAGCUAAAUAUGGUGCUGGAGCUGGUUUGGGUGGGGGUGGAGGUUUGCCGGGGGGUGCUGGUGGGCAAUACCCUGGUGCUGGUGGGCUUUACCCUGGUGCAGGAGGCGCGCUCACACAAGCUCAAGCCAAAGCAGCUAAAUAUGGUGCCGGUCCUGGCACUACUGGAAUUGGUGGUGGACUUAUUCCUGGAACAGGUACUGGUGGGAUUGUACCUGGUAGUGGUAUUGUGCAAGGAGGUGGAGGCUUCUACCCUGGAGGAGUCUAUCCUGGAACAGCAGGUCUUACACCAGCUCAAGCCAAAGCAGCUAAAUAUGGUGCCGGUGUAUCAGGCACAGGUGGACAUUUUCCUGGAGCAGGUACUGGUGGAACUGGAGGCAUCUACCCUGGAGGAGUCUAUCCUGGAGCAGGAGGUCUCACACCGGCUCAAGCCAAAGCAGCUAAAUACGGGGCCGGUCCUGGAAUUGGUGGUGUAGCAGGAACAGGUGGACGUAUACCUGGAACAGGAACUGGUAUUUUGCCAGGAGGCCUCUAUCCUGGAGGAGUCUAUCCUGGAACAGGAGGUCUUACACCAGCUCAAGCCAAAGCAGCUAAAUAUGGUGCCGGUACUGGCGUUACUGGAAUUGGUGGUGUAUCAGGCACAGGUGGACUGAGUCCUGGAGCAGGUACUGGUGGGAUUGUACCUGGUACUGGUAUUGGGCCAGGAGCUGGAGGCGGCUAUCCUGGAGGCGUCUAUCCUGGAACAGGAGUUCUUACACCAGCUCAAGCCAAAGCAGCUAAAUACGGGGCCGGUCCUGGAAUUGGUGGUGUAGCAGGAACAGGUGGGCUUAUACCUGGAGCAGGUACUGGUGGGAUUGUACCUGGUGCUGGCUUAUAUCCUGGAGGAGUCUAUCCUGGAGCAGGGGGUCUUACACCGGCUCAAGCCAAAGCAGCCAAAUACGGUGUGGGUGGAGCAGGGGUUGCUGGAGUUGGAGGACUGUACCCUGGAACAGGAGGAGUGGGAACAGGGGGCGGUGUCAUCCCAGGUUACGGGGGACUUCCUGGAGCUGUGCCUGGGACUGGAGGACUAGGAGCGGGGGCCAAACCUCCUAAAUAUGGAGUACCUGGAGGUGCUGGAGUUCCAGGAGGAGGCGCAGGAAGAGUACCAGGUACUGUUCCAGGAGGAGUGCCAAUAACAGGAGGAGGGUAUCCUGGUGGUGCUAAGGCUUUUAAAUAUGGUUUGGGUGGUGUUGGUGGUCUACCAGGUGGUGCAACUGGUGCCUUUCCUGGAUUGGGUGGAGCUGGUGGAGUCCCAGGUGGAGCUGGAAUAGGAACGGGAUAUCCCAUUGGAGGAUAUGGAACUGGGAUAAAGCCACCUAAAUACGCAGGUGUUCCUGGAGGCGUUCCUGGAGGCGUUCCUGGAGGUGUUCCCGGAGGCGUUCCUGGAGGCAUUCCUGGAGGCGUUCCUGGAGGGUAUCCAGCAGGAGUUAAACCUCCUAAAUAUGGAGGAGCAGGGACAGUGCAGGGAGCUGGAGGGGCACCAGUCCUUGGAACUGGGGGAUAUCCUGGUGGAGUCAAACCUCCCAAAACUGGUGCUGAGAUCACUGGAGUCGGUCCUGGUGCGACACCUGGUGGUACUGGUGUGGUGGCCUUACCGAGCGGGACAGGGAUUGUGGUUCCUGGUGGUACUGGGAAACCAGCAAAGCUCCCAACCCUGGCUCCUGAGGGGACUGCUGUACCAGGACCGACGGCUAUUGUAGGAACUGGCAAGGCCCCUGUGCACAGUGGAACAGGAGUUGCUCAAGGUCCAUAUUACGGUGUUGGACAGUCUGGAAUUGGAACUGGUGUGUUACCUGGAGCCAAGCCACUGAAACCCCCAGGUGUUGGUGGGACAGGUACUGUCGCAGGUGUAGGUGGAGUUGGUGGGGCAGGGAGUGUUCCUGGUCUCAUACCUGGAACAGGUGUGAGGUAUCCAGCAGGUGUUGGGUUUGGAACCGGUGGUGUCGGGACUGGUGGUAAACCACCCAAACCAGGCUAUGGCUCUUUGGGUGCAGGAUUUGGACAGCAAGGUGGUGUAGUUCCAGGUUCAUAUGGUGGAUACCCACAGCCAUAUCCAGGUGGAUAUGGAGCAGGACUGACACAACAACAAGCCAAAGCAGCCAAAUAUGGAGGUGGACUGCCUGGAUUCCUGGGAGGAGGUUAUCUAGGUGGAGCGGGCUGUCAAGGAAAAUACUGCGGACGGAGAAGAAAAUAAAUUCUCUUGAGACGUGAAUGACCUCAAGAAACAUGGUGCUACUGCAUGCUCUAGAAUGUACUUUACUCCAACAAACAAUCCCAUCAUGCACAAAUGUUACGUUUUGUACUGAUAGUAAAUAUUUUGAACGAAUCCAGAGUCCUGUAUGCUAAUACAACGUCUAGUGUUUUGUCAUGAUUAUUCCAAUUCUCAUUGUUUAUGGCACAUUCAGUGUAACUGUUUCAUAUUGUAGUUAUUGCAUAACUAGUUUUUUUAGUGUUUUUAUUUUAGCUGGCAAGGGUGUUGUACAACUGUAAAGGUUUUAAACACCAACCUCUUAUUUUCUGACGUUUCUGAAAACGCCCAACGCUUUUGCGUUCAGUUGCAUUGAUAGCUUGGCACUCCAGAUCUUCCGAAGCAAUGGCAAAUAUCUGCACAUCAUCCUUAAUUGUCUUUGCCAACACAGUCAAGGUACACAUUAAAGCGUCCUGUCAUACUGCUGAUGAAACUUUGGGUUGAACGAUUUCACAUCUGGCUUUAGUUUAGAGGUUCGCCUAUUACACUAAACCUUUAAGAAGACGGCAUACUGUAAGCUUUCUGUUUAACUACACUUUGUUAUUCAUAAAUACAGCUAUAAUUUACCAAAAUACUGUAUAAAGCCAAAAGCCUUAAUGCUCUCUAAAAUAGCUUUUUAUAGACAAAAAAAAAACACAUUGCAUCUUUAUGCAAUAUAAAAAUGUAUUUUAAAUUAGUGUUUAAUCUCUAGACAUGUUCUCGAUUUCAUGAGAUUAAGCGAUUCAAAUUUAAGUGUCGUUGGCGUGGUGGCGCCGCAGCCAUUAAAAAAAUAAUUCAACUGUUUUAAAUGCUCUGUCGAAAGUGCAUAGGAAAUGAUGGGGGAAAGCGAUAUGGUUGCGUUUCUUGGCACGGUUUUACACCCGAAAUGUGAAACGCCCCUUGGGCUUUUCUGAAACAACUUGAUUAUUUUAGGUUCAUGCUCUGAAGUGUUAAAAAAAUCAUCAGCCUAGAUCUCUGGAUUUAAAAUACUUCAUUAAUGCCAGCAGUUUUUUGUAGGUCAUAAUAUGCAUAAUAAAGAAAGAGAUCUUUACUAACAGAUCACAGACAGUGACAGCUCGAUGGCAAUAUUCAUUUCUGCGUAUUGUGUUAAGUAUGAAGACCUUUGCUCUGAUUGUGCUAAAUAAUAAGCAGAAAUGAACGAUGGCUACAUUGUGUUGGAUUGCUUAAACUUUUGUGCUCAUAUAAAGUAAAUAGUUUUGGUGCCAGUCCAGAGAAUUAAAAAAAGCUAAAAUGACCAAAUCUGUAAAGCAGUAAUCAUAGAUAUGACUUGUACAUUAUGUAUGUUUACUUUGAACAUGGAAAACGGAAAAUGGAAAAAGAUGUGCUUAUGUUGUUCCUCGGUCUGGAGAGGGAACAGGUGCUUCCAUUAUUUGACCAAGAAUGUGUUUUGUUAAUCAUUGUGUAUUCACAUAGAAUUAGUAUAUACAUACAUAUAUAUAUAUAUCUUAUACUUAAAUUAGGUUGGAUCAUUAAACAGCAGGUGCCAUGUUGUUUGUUUGGCACCAUUUAAACUUGACAUUUUGACCAGUUAUCAAGUACACAUGACAAUAACUUUUUUUUGUUCGCUUUAAAUAACUAAUGCAUUUUAGUCACUGUGGAACUUGCAAAACUGUAUAAGAUAUUUUGAUAAGUUGUGAGAUGUGUGCAGUACAGUGUAUGUGUGUGCGUGUAUGUGUGUGUGUUAUGCAUGUAAUGCUCUAUAAAGUGUUACAAAUCAUGUGCGUUCUUUUCCCAAAUUGCCUCAAACACCAAUGUAUUACUAAAUAUAAAAUGUCUCGUUUCCACAAAAUUUGGUUUAUGCUGUUUUCUAAACCAUCUAAAAGACACUUUAUCAUUUUUGCUUAUACCUGGUGCUGUAUUUGACCUGCCUGUGAGCCCUAUACCAGGUUUUGUCUAUUGUGUCGUGGUAUUUACAUCUUAUUUAAAUAAAGGGGCGGGGCCGUUGCACUUUUCAAUGACCUACAUUCUUACUAGUUCCCAAAAAUCUUGGCAUUUUACCUGUUCUAGUGAAAAAAUAAAAUAUUUCAAAUUAAAAA